UUAUUUUUUCCAUAUUUUUUUCUGUUCAGUCUAACCUCUAGUCUGGUGCGCUCAAUUAGUUGAACUAACUGGCCUUUGAAAUUUGAUAAGCGGCUUUUGCCAAAUAGCAAUUAAUAGAAACACUUGAAGAUGGGCAAAAAGGGUAAAGGCAAAGGCAAUAAGCUGGCCAAAAUGUCCGAGGAGGAGCGGGCCAGGUAUUUACAAAUGCGUGCCGACAUGGAGGAGGAGACGAGGCGCCGCAAAAUGCAGCUAAUAGCGAUGUACAUGAAGAACAAGCUGAAGCGCGAGGAUGCAUUUUGUCGCCUGAACAUGGCCAAAAUCAAUCAGGAAUGGCGUUCCAUAUUGCGCCAGGUGAAAAUUCAGGAUCUGCGACGGGAAAUUCUCGAUGUGGCGCAGUUUUUCGAGCAGGCGCUGAAACGCAAGGAUCAGGUCAUACAGCGUCUAAUCGGCGAUAUCAAUUCCACGGAGGAUAUGUACGCCAACUUGCAGCAGUCGCAUAUGGAGAACAUUGAUCAUAUUAUUGGCAUACAUCGCAGUCGCAUAGAGUUCUUCUGGCGCAUCUACGAGGACGACAAGCAGGCGGUGCUGCGUGAAUAUAAACAGGAUGCGGCUAUCUAUAAGGACUUGCAGGCGGAAAAGCAACAGCAACUCGAGUGCGUUUUCUAUCAGCUAGAGGAGACCUCCGAUCGUGCCAUCAAAGACAAUCACGAAGCCUAUCUGGAUCGUGUGGAGGAUCUGAAGAGCGGUAUGCAAUUGAAGCUGGAGAAGAUUACGGGCCGCGGCGAGGGCAAGCUUGAGGCCUUGUGGCAGGAGUAUCAAUCGGUGCUAGCCGACUACGGCAAGCACAUCGAGGGCUUCUACUCGGAGUAUGUGGAUCUGAAGCAGCGCGACGAGGAGAGCGCCCAGCAGAUCAGUCAGCAAAACUACGAGAUCGAGUACCUAACCGAGCAGCUCUGCAAUCUCCGACUGCUCGCCGAGGAGCAGCAAAUCAAGCAGCAGGCACAGCUGCACCAGAGGCAAAACAUCAAAGAGGAGCUCACCGAUCGGCUGAGAGAGCUGCGCAGCUACGUCGAAAAGGAGGCGGAGGAGCAGCACAGGUUAUUCAAGCAAAUGACCGUGGAGAGCUAUGAAGCUAUACAGACACUCAAGGCACAUCUGAGCAAAGUAGAAACUUUGUCCCAGCUAUCGCGCAUUUGCUCCAAAAUGGAAACGCAGCGAGAGAAACUGUUUCAGCUGCCUCAGCUCUCCAAAGAGAUUAUAGAGAUACGCGAGCAGCAAACACCUGGGGAGGACGACGCUGACCUAGCCAAUGAUCCGCUCAAGGAGGAAGUUGCCGCCUUACCACAAAUGGAAACCUUUUGGCGACGCGUCAACAAUGUCUCCGUCGAUGUGGCCUGCCUCAAGCAGCAGAAACGCAACUUGGAGGCAGAAAAUGCUAAAUUGAAGGCCGAGCUGCAGGAAUAUCUGAUUGAUCUGAACAUAGCCAACGGCUCCAAUAGCCACAUCCAUGAUUAUCUGUCGCGUCGACCCAAGAGCAUGUCCGUGGAUCGGGUCACCCAGCUGCGCUUGCAGCCGAAGCAGGUGAAGAGCGCUGUGGCGGGUGGGCGACGUCCAGCUCCACGUCCAAUUGGAGCGCAUGUGCCGAGCUGCGAGGCAAGCAUGUCGAAUCUGAUACGAUCACGUAAUCUAGUGAGGGGCAAACCUCAGUUGGCCAAGCUAGGAGCUUAG